AUGAAUGCUGGUUCUGCGCCUGUCCGCAGCUUGCCGAAUGGACAUGCACAAGACGAAUAUGAGGCUCCCAUGGCGACGAAACGAUGUAGGUUGGUCGGCGACGAGAGCGACGACGAUGUCACGCCUUAUGUGGAAUACGUGGAUCCCCCAACCAAUCACAUGGACACCGCCCCCGAGAACUCGUCCAUUGUGCAAUCUCCUGGAACUGCUUUCUGGAUGCAGUGCAGAAAGCAGCUCCAGGAUAAGGUCACCAGCAAAGCAGUCAAUCUGCUGCCGACGAUGCCGACGCAAAUCUCAGGAUGUUCCUCCACGGCCUAA